AUGGGCCUGGCCCCACUCCAGGAGCUGAGGGCAGGGCCAUCCAGUGUCCCGGGGGGAAUCCAAGACCAGUUUUGUGCCAGUGCCAGCCGGGGCCAGAGGUCCCGGUCCCCUGCAAGGUUGGUCAGUGUCUUUGAUUUUCAACCUGAUGAACUCCUCCUAAUGCUUUCUCUCACGUGCCAACCCCCCAGCUCCUCCCACUGUGUCGGAUCACCCUGCAGUAUAGCCAUUCCCCGGCACCCAAUCCUUGAGAGACCUGAGAGUCUUAGUGCCAAUGCCCCUGGCGGCAGUGCAGGAACUUGCGGCUGGUGGGGUGAACACUGUCGGGUAAUACUUGUAUAUUACACAGUCCUGAUUUCAAGACGAUUUAAACCUUAA